UGUUGACAGUUCAGCGGCUUCCGCCGUUAACGACGAUUUCCGUCUAAAAUGGCGGCCGAGGUCAGCGCUUCUUCGCCAGGGGAGCUCGAAGAGGAUUUUCUCGAAGAAAGGCUGUCGAAACCCAUCACUUACUCACCCGAAGUGGAAGAAGCUAUUUCGCAGGUGUUUAAGAGUGAUGAUCCCCUUGACAGUAAAGAUUUUAACCCAGUCGAUUAUAUAAACUCAAUUUUUCCAACUGAACAGUCCCUUGCCAAUAUAGAUGAUGUUGUUAAUAAGAUGAGACUAAGAAUCAGGGGUCUUGAUGAAGAAAUUAGAACAGUUGUCCGAGGACAGACUAACAUUGGCCAUGAAGGAAGACAAGCACUUGAUGAAGCUCAACAAGCAAUUCAACAGUUGUUUGCAAAAAUAAUCGACAUCAAAGAAAAAGCUGAUAAAUCAGAACAAAUGGUGAAAGAAAUCACAAGAGAUAUCAAGCAGCUGGACCAUGCAAAGCGACAUUUGACAAGCUCCAUUACUACUCUUAAUCACCUCCAUAUGCUUGUUGGUGGAGUUGACUCUCUUGUGACUUUGACCAGAAAGAGACAGUAUGGAGAGGUAGCCAAUCUGUUACAAGGAGUUGUCAAUGUUUUGGAACAUUUCAAAAAGUACUUUGGGAUUGCACAAAUACGGGAACUGGCAGACAAGGUGAAAAAAAUACAAAGUGAACUUGGUACUCAGAUAUUGGCAGAUUUUGAAGAGGUCUUAUCUGUGAAAGGGAUUAAGCCGCCAUCAGGACCUAAUUCACAAUUAGCUGAGGCUUGUCAAGUGGUAAAUGUAUUGGAUCCUAAAGUAAAGAAUGAGUUGCUCUCCUGGUUUGUCAAACUCCAAUUAGCAGAGUAUCAACAGCUUUUCAAUGAGUCAUUUGAGGUUUCUUGGCUUGAUAAAAUUGACCGCCGGUAUUCCUGGUUGAAGAGAGCUCUUGUGAAGUUUGACGAAGACUUUCAAGGGACAUUUCCACUUGAAUGGCAUGUGGAGGAGAGAAUCAGUGAAGAAUUUUGUAAAAUAACCAAAAAAGAUUUGUCAAAAAUCAUGACAGCAAGAGUUCAAGAACUUGAUGUCAAGCUGCUUUUGUUUGCCAUCCAAAGAACAACAACCUUUGAAAGUUUAUUGGCUCAGAGGUUUGUUCAGCAUGGCUAUGAGGAGAAAGGAGACCCAAAGGAGAAAGGAGACAAGCCAAAACAGUCCAAGUUCUUAGGAAUUAUCUCAAGAUGUUUUGAGCCACAUCUUCAUAUUUAUAUAGAAUCACAAGACAAAAACCUAUCAGAAUUGAUGGACAGGUUUGUUCAAGAUUUCAAGUCUCAGGGAAUCCCCAUGGUAGAAGGUGAUGGAAGUAAUGUCGUAUUUCCCAGCGCUGGUGAACUAUUUGUGUUCUACAAAAAGUGCAUGGUACAGUGCUCACAGCUGAGCACCGGGCCCCCGCUGCUCUCGCUCACUGCGGCAUUCCAGAAGUUUCUCAGAGAGUAUGCUACCAGAGUACUCAAUAACCAUCUCCCUGUAAAGAGCACAGGUGGCUUGGCUAGCAUCUUGAAGGAUUCUGGUGAAGUGAAAUUCAGCAAAGAAGAGCAAAGUUUGACUUGUUGUAUUCUUUGUACAGCUGAUUAUUGUCUGGAAACAACUCAACAGUUAGAGGAGAAGUUAAAGGAGAAAGUUGAUCCUGAAUUGGCGGAGAAAAUUGACCUCAAUGGGGAACAAGAUGUAUUCCAUAGUGUCAUUUCGAACUGUAUCCAGCUGCUUGUACAAGACUUGGAGAAUGCUUGCGAUGCGCCCUUGACAGCAUUGAUAAAGGUUAAUUGGCAAAGCGUAGAGGCUGUAGGAGACGAGAGCUCUUAUGUGACAGCCAUUUCCAAUCACCUGAAGGAAGCCGUACCUCUUUUACGUGAUUACCUGUCCUCAGCAAGAAAAUACUUCACUCAGUUUUGCGUAAAGUUUGUCAAUUCUUUCAUUCCACGGUUCAUCAGCAACUUGUAUAAAUGCAAGCCAAUUAGUACUGUUGGCGCUGAGCAGCUGUUACUGGACACUCACUCUCUUAAAACAACUCUCCUUGAUCUUCCCUCAAUUGGCUCAAAAGUGCAAAGGAAGCCUCCAGCAAGUUACACUAAAGUGGUGGCGAAGGGAAUGAAAAAGGCAGAAAUGAUAUUAAAGGUCGUUAUGUCUCCUCACGAUCCUGCGGUUGGAUUUGUGGACAAUUAUAUAAAGUUACUUGCUGAUACAGAUACUUCUAACUUCCAAAAACUACUGGACAUGAAGGGUUUAAAGCGGAGCGAACAACACAGCAUGCUGGACCUAUUUCGCUCUCGUCUACCCUCCCCUCCGGCAGGUAGUGCGCCUGGAGAGUCUGCGGCUGUUUCUUCUCACACCGCAACCGAGCAGGAGUCAAGUAGAAUAAAAAAACUAGAGAGACUGAUAAAAAAACCGUUUUAGACCAACACGGUUUUUCAUUUCUUCACUAAAGAAAAAUACGCGCGGACUACACGCUUUGGACGCUUCGGUCAAACAAACUCAGUUGGCAUAUAAAAUGUGGGUUUCUUUCUUUUCAUUUAUAACGAAAUCAACAAAGAUAUUUUUAUUGAUAAUGGUACUGUUAAUGAUUCUUUUUAUUGGCCCCUCCCUUGAUGGGGAGAGUUUUUAUUCAAGAAGAAUUGGUGUAUGUUGCUUCUCACGAGAUAUGUUGAAAUGAGAUUAUAUAUAUAUAUAUAUAUAUAUGUAUAUGUUAUCUCUUCAAGCUAUUUUGAAUGAUUACAACAAUAGGAGUAAGCUCUAUUAUCACGACCAAAAGCUCUUUAAGUUUCGCAAAAGCGUGUGACUUGAAUAACGAAAGAUAUCGUUUCUAGUGCUUCGAGUGGAAUUGUUCAAAGUACUGGGAAAAGUGUUAAUGGUUUGCUUUCCCGCAUGGCGCAGUGUACUGUUUGUGGGAGUCAUUUCACUUUGUUUAUCGUCACCCAUAGCGGAAAAAAUAAAAAUAAAAAACAAUCUUAUCAUGGGAUCAUACUUUCUACUGUGGAGAACGUGAUAGUCGAGUGGCUAGCUAUUAGCAGAAGCAUAUGAUUUUGUUGUUAGACUAUCUCUAUUUUCGAAUCUUAUAACAUCCUAAAAGCUUCUCAUAAAGGAGAUUCGUCCGCCAAGGAAAGUAGUAAGAUUUUGGACAUUCUCAACAAGAAAGGAAUUGGCUCAUAAACGAAAAGUGAUUCGGAUACCGCCCGUUGUUGUGUCUAAGUUGGAGGAAUUUGUGAAGCAUUUGCCGGAUGCGGAGGAAAAAUCGAGAUAAGUGGAAGAAGCUCUGCCGGCGAUCCUUGCUACAACCAGAAAGUUCGAAUUGCUAUGGGAGUCGAAGACAAAAAUUGUCUCGAAAGUGCUACAGGAGUGAGAGGCCGCAACAAUGAAGAUGGGCUCUACGAGAUACACUUUUUCGCCCAAGUAACCCAAGAGAUGCGAGCGUCCUUGUGGGUUAUUAAAUGUGGAAGACAUUAUCUGCAGUCCAUUCCCUGUCCAAGAAAAAAAUUUUUUUAGCAAUUUCAAGCCUUUGAAUAUGUUAGAGCCAGCAAAUGGACCGGACGUGGCUUAAGCCUGCAAGGGAUUUGGUCUGUUAAGCGAGACAACAGAGGCAAACAGUUCGAUGCGCCAGACAAGAACAAGGAUAUUUUAGGUGCAGACAUGACAAGAGGUAUUGUUCAGUCCUUCGUCCCUCUUGUUCAGGUGCUGUUUAGCCUUAAAUGCGAGUCUAGAGAGGACAAGGGUAUUGAGUAAGGAUUGGAAGGAGACUUUGAACAGCAAUUAAAAUCUGCGCAUCGUUUACUUCUCGAACAAGACGGCAACAUUAUAGUUACCGAUACUGAAAAUAAACUAAUCAUGUUGUUUAUCCCUGAAGGCAAUUUUUAAGUGCAAUUAGCUAAGGGAAGUACGAAGAGGCUACUUUUAAGUUUCCUGCUUAGUUUCCUGUUUAUUGUAUCCAGUGAGACAUAUUGUUACGCCUUUCAAUUGACCUCA